AUGCCACACGCUCAAGAGCCCGAGACCGGUCAUCCAAACAUGCCCGAUUUCCAUGUCAACGACGGCCAACUAGAAGCCCAUCAGAUUAGCCAUCUACGCCCCUCCACCCUAGACAUCCCCCUCGACGAGCUCCAACACCGCUUCGAAACCGACGGCUACCUCUUCGUCAAACAACUCCUGCCCCGGGACGUAGUCCUUAACACUCGAGAAUCCUACUUCAAAUUUCUCGACCCCACAGGCGUCCUCAAGCCCGGCACCAAGCCCAUCGAAGGCAUCUUCGACCAGGAGAAAGACCGUCUCGCCUUCCCAGGCAUUGGCGCCGGAGCAGCCGGCGGCAACGGCCAUCCCGGCGACCACGCUGCGAGUUUCGUGGACCGAGCACUAAAAGCCCAUUACCAAGACUGGUACGCCGAAGACCUUUGCAAACGGCCUGAGCUCAAGGACUUCGUGGCCAAACUCACCGGCUGGGGUGACAAUACGACUGCAUUCGUUCGGACGUUGCUGCGCAACAACAUCCCAGGCAACAAAGCGAUAGGCGUACACUACGAUCAGAUCUUCCUCCGCUACGGCGAACCGAUUAGUAUCACCGCCUGGGUGCCAAUAGGUGACAUCGCGUACGACGGCGGGGGUCUGAUAUACCUCGAGAACGGGCACCUGCUCGGCACAGAGGAGGAAGCUCGUUUCACGGAGAAGGCCACAGCAUCCGGCCUAAGCAAGGAAGAAGCGAAGAGUGCCUUUAAUCAGAAUAUGAUGAGCACCGGGCUUCUAUCCGAGGGGCCGAAGGAGUUCGCAGAGCGGUUUGGAAGGAAGUGGUUGGUUGCGGAGUAUGAGGCGGGGGAUGUGGUGUUGCAUAAUCCGUUCGCUAUCCAUGCUUCUACGAUUAAUCACUCUGAGCAGGGUGUGAUUAGGCUGGCGACGGAUUUGAGAUUCGUGGAUUCGAGUCGGCCUUGGGAUACGAGGUGGUCGAAGCCUUACACGCUUGGUGAUGGGGUGUAG